UGGCCGAUAAAGCGCAGAUACAAGAUGCGAUUAAAACACAAGGAGAAGUCGUGCGGAAACUAAAGACAGAAAAAGCAAGCAAAGAACAGUGAUAGGGUUGCUCACCACUUUUCUCCUGUUCUUCCUGCUCGAUGCCAACCACUGCUGGGGCCAAAUCUUCAUCUACCUCCUCCACAUGUCACUACUUGGGAUCCAAACACUUCCACUGGAUAUUCCUGGAUAACCCUGCUUUUGAAUUGGAUAAUCCCUCACCUGGCUUGGUGGAUUUUGCUAUUGGACUGUACUGCGGCUGUGAUACCGCACUCCUGAACGGCCAUUUUGGUUGUUGUUUUUUGGUUGCUUUUCCUGCUGCGAUGAAUACCCUGGUUAUGGCGUCCCUGCGUCUGUGUGCGGGGUUGGCGGGCCGUCGGUCUGGAUUGUGUGUCCGCUCUCUACGCACCCUCUCUGGGAUGACUGUGUCUCAGAUCGAUGAGGAAGUGGCCAAAUUGUUGGAGCUGAAGGCUCAGAUUGGAGGAGAUGAAGGCAAACACCAAUUCACGCUCAAGACUGCCAAGGGCACCAGGGACUAUAACCCUAAGCAGAUGGCCAUCAGAGAGAAAGUCUUCAACACCAUCAUCCGCUGUUUCAAACGCCACGGAGCCGAGACCAUUGACACGCCCGUCUUUGAGCUGAAGGAAACGUUGACGGGAAAGUAUGGGGAGGACUCUAAGCUCAUCUACGACCUGAAGGACCAAGGAGGAGAGCUGCUGUCCCUUAGAUAUGAUCUCACUGUGCCCUUCGCCCGUUACCUGGCCAUGAACAAGAUCACCAACAUCAAGCGCUACCACAUCGCCAAGGUCUAUCGCCGUGACAACCCUGCCAUGACACGGGGUCGCUACAGGGAGUUCUAUCAGUGUGAUUUUGACAUUGCAGGCCAGUAUGACCCCAUGAUCCCAGACGCUGAGUGCCUGAAGAUUGUCCACGAGAUCCUGAGUGAGCUGGAGCUGGGAGAUUUCCGCAUCAAGGUGAACGACAGACGUAUUCUAGAUGGAAUGUUUGCAGUUUGUGGCGUUCCAGAUGAUAAGUUCCGUACCAUCUGCUCCACAGUGGAUAAACUCGACAAGAUGUCGUGGGAGGAUGUGAGGAGUGAGAUGGUGAAGGAGAAGGGUCUGUCUGAGGAGGCAGCCGAUCAGAUCGGACAGUAUGUCAGUAUGCAGGGGGGGAUGGACCUAGCUGAGCGCCUGCUGCAGGACGCUAAGAUGUCGCAGAGCAAGCAGGCGUGUGCUGGCCUCACAGACAUGAAGCAGCUCUUCAGCUACCUACAGCUCUUCCAGGUCACAGACAAGGUGGUGUUUGACCUAAGUCUGGCCCGUGGGUUGGACUACUACACAGGAGUGAUCUAUGAGGCCAUUCUGACCCAGACAGGCCCGGUCCCUGUGGUGGCGGCCCAGAAGGCUGAGGAGGGUGUGAGCGUGGGCAGCGUGGCGGGCGGCGGGCGCUAUGACGGCCUGGUGGGCAUGUUCGACCCCAAGGGCAGGAAGGUGCCGUGUGUGGGGGUCAGCAUCGGCAUCGAGAGGGUUUUCUCCAUCAUGGAGCAGAAGGCUGAGGCGUCGGCGGAGAAGGUGCGCACCACAGAAACUCAGGUCAUGGUGGCCUCGGCACAGAAAAACCUUCUGGAGGAGAGACUCAGACUGACCGCUGAACUGUGGAACGCUGGGAUCAAGGCAGAAGUGAUGUAUAAGAAGAACCCCAAGCUGCUGAGCCAGCUGCAGCACUGUGAGGACUCUGGGAUCCCCCUGGUGGCGAUCCUGGGGGAGCAGGAGCUCAAGGACGGGGUGGUGAAGCUCCGAACGGUCCACAGCCGAGAAGAGGUUGACGUGUCAAGAGCAGAGCUAGUGGAGGCGAUCAAGAAAAGGACCUCAGAUGUCUAAGUCAUGGUUCUGCCUGACAACAGCACCCCGUCUCAUCACCUGAUUGGCCCAAAAACAGUUGUUUGUUUACCACAGGUAAACAGGUCUCAUCGCUGACCACCCAAAGCCCUCCACACACCAACCAAGACGUCAACAUUCUCAACUGUUGAAUUUGUCCUGAUUCCCCAAUAGUUUCACUUGUCCAGGCCUCUCAUAUUAAUGGUCUUAAGAAAAAGCAGUGGUUUCAUGCCGACUACCCAGACACCUGCAUAGCCUCAAGGACGAGGAACUUUGGCAUGCUAUUGUCUUAUGUACAUUUAUCAGAGGCAAUGUUGUAAGUCACUGCAUUACAGCUUCAGUCUGAGCACUAAAGGUUAACCUAUCUGCCUAUAUAAGGACAAUAAAAUGUCUGUUCUAUUAACCCACCAAUAAACUGAUUCAUCUGA